AUGCCUGACAACUCCAGAGACAGAGAGCUUUUCAAAGAGAAACUGAAGUUUCAUUUUGAUGUUAUAGGUUCUAUGAGUAAUAUCGAUGACGACAGCGGAUACAAAUGUCCCGAUGGGUCGAGUCCGACUAUUAAGCAUACGAAGAUAUCAGGAGUUUUAGGAGCAGCUUCCAGUGUUACUUCGAUACAAGUAGCUAAUCUCCUGCGCCUUUUUAAAAUUCCACAGGUCAGCUUCUUUUCAACAAGUCCGGAACUCAGCAAUAAGCAUCGGUUUGAGUACUUUUUGCGUACUGUGCCAUCUGAUACAAAUCAAGCUGACGCUAUGGUUCAAAUCGUGCAGCGUUUAAAUUGGACAUACAUAUCAAUAUUGUAUGAAGAAUCAACAUAUGGUAUCCAGGCAUUUACAGUACUAGAAGAACUUCUUCUGAAGAAAGGCAUUUGUCUAGCAGUGAAAGAGAGACUAACGAAAGAUUCCGGAGUUGCAGGCGACUCUUAUUACGACAGCAUUGUUCGAAGAAUUUUGGAAAAACCAAGUGCAAGAGGUGUAAUCAUUUUCGGAUCAGAUCAGGAAGUUGCAGGUGUAAUGAGAGCUGUAAGAAGAAAUAAUGCUACAGGGAUCUUUUCCUGGAUAGGAAGUGAUGGUUGGAGUGCACGAGCAUUAGUCUAUGAAACAAAUGAAAAGCAAGUAGAAGGCACACUUUCUGUGCAGCCAAGAGCUCAUCCUGUUCCAGGGUUUGAAGAGUAUUUCUUGGGUCUCACUGUGGAGAACAACACAAGGAAUCCAUGGUUUACGGAGUUUUGGGAGCAUUUAUUUAAAUGCAAAUGGCCCAAUAGUACAGUAACACCCUAUAACCAGUGGGAAAAUUUGUGCACGGGAAAUGAAGUUAUGUCGACUGUCAAAGGGUAUGAAGCAGAGAGACAGCUUCAGUUUGUUAGCGAUGCGGUACUGGCUUUCGCAUAUGCGCUGAAAGCAUAUCAUCAAGAUACAUGCAAGGGAGAGUAUGGAAUUUGCGAGGAAAUGAAGCCUAUCAAUGGAUCUAAAUUGCUCUCUUUUUUAAAAAAGGUUUCGUUUAAAG